AUGUCUUACAGCAAGCAGGAGGGCCCUGGUGCCAGGGAGCCAGCCUGCAUGCUGUGUCGCCGUGCAGAGGCUGACCCAGACAUGUGCGGUGACAAACUGCAGAAGGGUGGGCUCUGUGCCCACGUGUUCUGCAUGUUCUUCGCCACUCUACUAUUUCAGCAAGAGCCAGACCGCGGGGGACUCAUCGACUUUCUCCCUCGAGAUCUCCUAAUUGCAGUGCGGCAGGCGGCACAGAAGUGCUGCUGCGUCUGCGGCCAGAGCGGGGCAACCAUCAUGUGCUGCACGGAGGACUGUGACAGAUGGUUCCACCUGCCCUGUGCCAAGGAGGCCGACGGUGUCAAUCAAUAUAUUAACCCGUUCAGCUCUUUCUGCCCUGAGCACCGUCCAGAGCAGGAGGUGGAGGCGACUCCUGAGCCGGACACCGUUUGCCCCAUCUGCAUGGAGCCUGUGGAGGACAGAAAGACCUUCACAACAUUGGUGUGCCCAACGUGCAAAAGGGCCUGGUUCCACAGAGACUGCAUCCAGAGACAAGACCCAACAUGGGAGGACAACGAUGCCUUCGCAGAUCUAGGAGUGAGGCACGGCCAGUGCAAUGCCAGGGAUUGCCUUUACCCUGGAGGCAGGGAGGAGGCAGAGGAACAGGGGCCCUGGGAAUUGCUCCUGUGCUCCUCCUGUGCUGCUGAGGGCACCCACAGGCGCUGCUCUGGCCUGAGAAGCAGCACACACAAAUGGGAGUGUGACACCUGUGCUGGGCUCGGAACAUCCUCCACGGAUGAGUCAGAGCUCAAUGGCCCCAGGCCAGCCAGACAAGACAGGCAGCCACAGCAGGCCCCAACACGCAGCAUGGCAGCAGGCACUGCCAUCUUCCUCACUGGACACCAGCAGCAUCAGCAGAUCAAGGUCAACAUGCAGCACAUCCCCUGA